AUGGCUCUACCAGAAGGAGAACAACUGUGGGUCGAUCUAGAUAUUGAUGCUUGGAACAGCGCAGGCAAAGACGGGCGGGGUCGUGCUCCAUUCGAAGCAGGAGCUAGGACCAGAUGGAACCAACUUGCAGCAGACACCCGUCAGCAGAUGCGAGACGCCCUUCAGGGACAUCACUACCAUGACGAGCAAGUGAGGGCACAGACUGCUAGUCUCGGGCACGAGCCGACCAAGGAGGAUAUCGAUGGUCUUCGUCGGUACAUGUUGAAGCUCGAUGACCUUAUUGACGAGAGACAGAACCUUGGUCAAAGCAUAGCUGCUUUGAGAACUCUGCGUAGUGUUGAGGCAGAUACAGGUGGUCGGGUGGUGACAUUAUUGAACCGAUCUGAGACCACCAAUAGGGCUGAACGCACCGCGCUGAUCGACUCACGAACUCGUCUACAAGCAGUACUAGACGGUCAUGAUAGAAGACAGCAGCGAGAGCAUGCACGACGUGAGAAUGCUCGCAGGGAGGAACAACAGCAAUCGAGGAAGCGGCGUCAAGAGGAACUCCAAAACGUGCAAAGUCCCGGAAUUAUCGAGAACGAUGGUAACGACUCUGAUGGACAACGAUCAACGAGCGUCUUUGCUGAGGAACUUUUGCGUGGACAAGCCGCAGACGAGGAGCGUUCAGACACAGAAUCUGAGCAAGGAGAAAGCAUUCGUCAGGCGCAAGGACAGCUGAGCAGUGCAUGGGCUGGUCCGGCAUCUCUUGGCUCCGGCGCAAUGGGAACUUGCGAAGUCUUCGUCAAGCAGAACUCUGAUGGUAUCAUCGUUGACCGUGUCGCCAUCAAAGAUGCGAGGGCAGGGCAAAGUGACAAGUUCCAGCAUCAUGAGCUUACCGAUAUGCCAGCAGAAGUCGCAGCAAUGUACAAACUCCGACCAUUGAAGGGCUCAGAAAGGAUCGUCAAGAUCCGCAAUUGGCGGAGAUAUCCGCUGGAUUACCAAGAGUAUGACUAUCGGAUCUAUACGGAGUACUGUGGACAUGGUGACCUCCAUUCGCUUGUGAAGAAGUACUGGCCCGCACGGAGGCUAGACCCUGCAGAACCAGAGAUACCUGAGGGCCAGCGCGAUUGGAUACCAGAGCCAUUUCUAUGGGCUGUCUUCGAGUCCCUGGCUACGGCUGGAGUGCUCAUGCUUCGAGGCGAUCUGGAACCACCCAUGUCGAGGAUGUGGGAGUCCAUCGUGCACGGGGACCUGAAGCUCUCGAACGUGUUCCUAGGAGAGCCAUCGAGAGAUCACUACCGUGGCUCUCCUCAGGCGAAGCUCGGGGACUUCGGUGUGUCUUUGAUCAUCAAGCAAGCACAUCAGUGCUUACCAGAGGAAGAAGAACCAGAAAUGGCAGAUUUUUUCGCCAACGCACAGAAGGAUAUGCCCGAGGGAGAGAAAGGAUUCGGAACUCCUAAUGCUCGACCACCGGAACAGAAAUUUCAAGUCGCAGUUGAAGAAAAAUGGCAACCGGACUCGAGAGCCAAUGUUUGGGGUGUUGGCUUCGUUCUCUGGAGUCUGAUCAAAGGCAUCGAUCAGGAUAAGACCCUGAACGACUUCGACGGUGCCAAUACAGAAGGCAGGAAACCGGCACGAUUCAUCAAGGCUGCAAGAAAUCAAUACAGCUAUAAGCUGCGAAGAUUGAUCCGGAAUUGUCUCAACUGGAAUCGGAACCAGCGACCAACAUUUGACUAA